AUGCAAAGCACUGAUUUUCUCCUGGAUUUUGUAGAUGAAAAGAUAUAUGUCCAAACAAUUACGUUCGGAAAUUCUAUUUAUAUCUUCAUUGGCCCAAAUGCUAAAAAUUUUUCAGAUCUUUCAUUUUCAAUGCCAUCAAAUUCGGUUACACACUUGAUUGGAGACACUCCUUCUGAUGAGUUAGCAGUAUUUUUGACACAAAUUUUAAAGCAACCCGUUCUUUUAUCCUAUAAUUACCAACUUGAAUCAGAAAAUGACCUUAAAAGAUUUGAAUUCGUCAAAAUAAAGCUGAGGAAGCAUUAUCUUGGUAAAUAA